AUGGAUACUAUCCGGUCGCAAACCCAGGGAUCUAACUCCCAAAACUCGAUCCCAUCGGAUCAGAUCACCUCGAACAUCAGUAGCAGCCAAACUGCUGAUGCAUCGAGAGAUCAGAUCGCGUCGAAUGUUGGUAGCCGCCAAACUGCCAACACUUCGAACACGCCGAUCACAUCUGCUACCGCCUCCACUGGAGUGCAGCUUAGCACUCCACCUCGCGUGGAACCAGUGGUGAUCAAUCUCGCCACGCCGGUAGCAACCCCGAGCCCGAUUCUACCGAAUCUGGGUUCGCACACCAUCGAGAGACCUCUCUCUCGAGUUUGGGUCAGAUCGGAAGAUCCCCCAACAACUGUGACUCCACAGAGUCGGACUAUUCCUGUUCGACCUGCAUCUGCGACGCAAACUCCUCCGCGAGCUAGUCCAGAUGAUCUGGCACAGAUCAAACAGCUUCUCACCAACCUGGUAAACGGUCAGCGCGACCACGAAACUAGGCUGGAGAGACAUGAGAGACGCCUCGCUGAAUCUCGAAACAUCACUAGCCCGCCUCCGCGGACUCAGCUCGAUUUUUCGACGAUCUACGCAUCUGGCGUACCUCAGGCGCAAUUCGUUACGCCUUCGCGACCUCAAGUCUCUCAGACUUUCGGUCCACCGCCGAGCUCGCCACCAGUUGGCAUAAAUAAUACGAGCUCGCACCCAAGCGAGACGAGAGCUCAACCGAACGUUCCGCUCUCAUCUCCACCCCCAGGGCCACCUGGUACCGAUCCAGCUAGGCCUAGGUGGUUUGGCGCUUCAGCUUUUGCCUCGAGCUCGCAGGCAAUGCCUCAGUUUGAGAAUCAGCUAGGCGCGACAUACGGUUCACAGCCCUCCGCAACAGCGCGAGAGCACGUGAACGGGAAUUAUCAACAAUUCCCUAGCUCGAACGGUCAGCCCAAUCGAGCUCAGUUCCAAGGAGCUAACGAUUCCAUGAAUCAAGCUCCAUUCUUUCCGAUUCCAGCUAAUCGGAAUCCAGCUGAUCCGCGUAACCUCGUCGACAGCGAAUCUUUCGAAAGAUUCCAAGAUCGCACAGACCUCGCGUUUCAGCAUAUGAGCUCAAUGUUUCAUCAAGCAACGAGCUCAGCUCCUGAUAUCGACAGAGUGAUUAAAGAGUCUAGACGAACUCCUUUUUCACUCAGGAUCAAAAGUACCUAUAUCCGAGAUACCAGCAAGCUGCGUAUCCCAGAAUACUCUGGUAACAGCGAUCCGAGAGCUUACAUGCGAGCUUUUAACCUCGUCGUAUCUCGAGUUCCUUUCUCUCCAGAAGAGAUAGAAGCAGCCUACUGCAGGCUCUUCGCUGAGAACCUGAUCGGACCAGCUCAAGAAUGGUUCUCAACGCUGGACGAAAACUCAAUCGAUAAUUUCGACCAGCUCCAAUCAGCCUUCCUAAAACAGUAUUCGAUCUUCAUCGAAUCUAAAAUUACGGAAGCAGACCUUUGGAGACUUUCUCAAGGUCCAAAGGAAUCACUUCGAUCUUACAUUGACAGAUUCAAAUCAGUCAAAGCUAAGAUCACAAACCCUAAUGAGGCAGUAGCUCUACUUGCCCUCAAAAACAACUUGUGGUACGAAUCGAAAUUUAGAGAAGAACUAACUGUUCGACCUACAAUUUCACUAGAUGACGCAUUACAUCGCGCAUCAGCAUUCGCAACUCUCGAGGAAGACACAGCUCUCCUCAGAGAAAAGUACCUCAAAGGGGAGCUCGCAUAUGCUCCACCAGGUGCUAAGAAAACUGCACCAGCUAAACCACCUUCGCAGAGUAAAGGACAACAUUCCUACUCUAUCGAAACUUCAGCUCCCAUAAAGAGCUCGGAGGAAGAAGAGAAACACUGCGAUAUUCACAAUACAAACGGCCAUUCCACAGAGGAAUGCCGUGCUAAAGGCAAAAAGUCUAGCAAAAAGAAGGGAAAAAGCAAAACAGCUGAAACCGCGGUUAAGGCCGAAAAGCCAAAACCCAAACCAGCUAAAGACUCCGACAACGCACCUCAGAAAAGAGAACGCGAAGUCGAGGUCGAAGCCCCCGAUUCCCCUCCUUCUAACAGGAAAAGAAUCGACCUAAUCUUCGGAGAGCUCAGCCUUUGCGGCGGCUCAACGAGAUCCGUGGUCACCCCCCCACCCGCUCCUAGAAAGGCUACGAGCUCUAGCUCACACAGACCUCCUAGACUUGUCGGGGGGAUAGAGCAUUCUUACAGAAGCUCGCCUGUUACAUCACCUACCUCCAGACCCGAUACUAAGAGCAUUGCGAUCUCUUGCUUACGCAGACUUCACAAGCUCUCGGGGGGAGUAGAGCCACCUACCCCUAAACGAAUUGACUUCAUUUGCGGUGGCUCGAAGAUGUGCAAAGACUCGAUUAACUCGAUCAAAGCACAUCAGCGACGGGUCGAGUCAUCUGGACAACCACGUCCUCUAGACGGACCUGAUCACGAAAUCAAAUUUCGAGAAAGCGAAACACUCGCACUCGAUAAACCUCAUGACGAUGCACUCGUAAUCGAGCUCGCCGUAGCCGGAUUCGAGCUGACCAGAGUCAUGAUAGACACAGGAAGCUCUGUAGACGUGCUGUUCUACGAUGCUUUCAAGCGAAUGGGAUUCGAAAACUCCGCACUCAUAGGAGGCCGUACGCCCCUAACUGGGUUCGCAGGAGAAACGACCUAUUCCAUGGGAACUAUCCAGCUCCCAAUCAAAGCAGGUGGUAUAACGAAAACAGUUGACUUUGUGGUCGUAGAUCGCCCCGCGCCAUUCAAUGCCAUUCUCGGCAGGCCGUGGCUCUACACCAUGAAAGCAGUUGCAUCCACUUACCACCAAUGCGUCAAGUUCCCUACACCUUGGGGAACAAAAACAAUUCGCGGUUGCCAACGAGCUUCCCGAGAUUGCUAUAUGGGCAGCUACUUGCGAGCUGAAAAAUCGCCAGUUUGCAUCGACGAAACCGACCCCGAAAGGCGCGUUGGUAUCGGAAUCGAUCUCGCAAAACCUAUCCGUGACGAGCUGAUCGCCUUCCUAAAGGAAAACAUCAGCACAUUCGCAUGGUCCACCGCGGACAUGCCCGGGAUUGACACUAGGAUCACGUCUCACGAGCUGAACGUAGAUCCCACGUUCAAACCCAUGAAACAAAAACGUCGAAAACUCGGCCCAGAUCGGGCUAAAGCAGUAAACGACGAAGUAGACCGACUACUCAAGGUAGGCUCGAUCAGAGAGGUGAAAUACCCCGACUGGCUAGCUAAUCCUGUAGUUGUCAAAAAGAAAAACGGAAAGUGGAGAGUCUGUAUCGAUUUCACAGACCUUAAUAAAGCUUGUCCAAAAGACAGCUAUCCACUUCCUCAUAUAGAUCGCUUGGUCGAAGCUACGGCUGGUCACCAGCUCCUAUCCUUCAUGGAUGCGUUUUCUGGGUAUAAUCAAAUCAAGAUGAACCCAGAAGAUCAGGAGAAAACAGCUUUCAUAACAGACCGAGGUACUUACUGCUACAAAGUAAUGCCAUUCGGGCUAAAAAACGCGGGAGCUACAUAUCAGCGCCUCGUAAACAAAAUGUUUGCCGAUCAGCUCGGUAAAACAAUGGAGGUGUACAUAGACGAUAUGCUGGUCAAAUCCUCUAGGGAAACAGACCACGUCGCACAGCUCCGGGUAUGCUUCUCCAUACUUAACAAGUACGGCAUGAAGCUGAACCCGACUAAGUGUACAUUCGGAGUUCCGUCUGGCGAGUUCCUCGGUUACCUAGUAACUGAACGCGGAAUCGAGGCGAACCCGAAGCAAAUCUCUGCCCUCUUAGAUAUGCCUUCUCCAGAAAAUACUAGAGAAGUACAACGGUUAACCGGUCGAAUAGCAGCCCUUAAUAGGUUCAUUUCCCGGUCAACCGACAAGUGUCUUCCAUUUUACCAGCUCCUCCGAGGAAAUAAAAAAUUCCUCUGGGACGAAAAAUGCGAAGAAGCUUUCAAACAGCUCAAAACUUACCUCAGCGAACCUCCUAUACUGGCAAAACCAGUAGAAGGAGAACCGCUAUACCUUUACAUCGCGGUCUCGCCUGCAGCGGUCAGCGGGGUCUUAGUUCGUGAAGAGCUAAACGAACAAAGACCAAUCUUUUACGUAAGUAAAUCCCUGAUUGAUGCCGAGACUAGAUACCCAGCUAUGGAAAAACUUGCCUUAGCAAUAGUAAUGUCCGCUCGCAAGCUGCGACCUUACUUUCAAUCACACACAAUCGUGGUGAUGACCUCGCAACCAUUGCGAACUAUGCUACAUAGUCCAAGUCAAUCUGGACGACUAGCUAAAUGGGCUAUCGAGCUCAGCGAAUACGACAUCGAAUAUCGAACUAGAACCUGUGCUAAAGCCCAGGUACUAGCUGAUUUCAUGAUCGAGCUGGCACCGGAAGCCAAUAACGAUACCACCCUCUCUAAAGUUUGGACACUCUUCGUAGAUGGAGCCUCGUCCAAACAAGGAGCUGGCGUCGGAAUCAAACUCACAUCUCCAACCGGAGAAGUGAUCGAACAAUCGUUCAGACUCGGAUUCGUCGCCUCUAACAAUGAGGCCGAAUACGAGGCACUCAUAGCCGGACUCCGACUCGCAAUCGGGAUCGGCGUGAAUGAGAUCAACGCAUUCAGCGACUCCCAGCUCGUUACUAGCCAAUACAGCGGCGAGUACGAAGCAAAAGAGGAGCGCAUGGAAGCUUAUCUCAAAGUAGUUCGAGAUUUAGCUGGACAAUUCAGUAAAUUCGAACUAACUAGGGUGCCUAGGGGAGAGAACACUUCGGCUGACGCCUUAGCUGCUCUCGCCUCCACUUCGGACCCAACUGUAAGACGUGUGAUCCCAGUCGAAGGCAUAGAUAAACCUAGCAUCGACAUCGCACUCAAGUCUGACAGUAUAAACGCAAUUACCUCGCGCCCGUCUACUCGUUCUCAAACUAGACAGUCCCAAGAUCCGGGACCAUCUAACCCGGAACCUGAUUCCGAGGAAGAAGAACCUGACCAAGAUAGGCAAAAAACAAGGUAUAUCGAUUCGGACUCUUCGCAAAAUACGCAAGAGUCCACGAUCCAUACCGUCCCAUCUGCUAUGGCGAACGAACUCACCUUAAAGGAAGAGUUCGCUGCGAGACCCGACUGGAGAACCCCUAUCAUGGAGUAUAUCCAGCUCGGAGCCGUCCCUAACGAAAAAUGGGCAUCUCGCAAGCUAAAAGCCCAAAGCUCGCAUUAUUGCAUAUGGAAGAUAAGUCUACAAGCGAAGCCUUAUCGAACCAUAUCUUAA